AUGGCCGAUCACGUAACGCACGAAGCAGCGGCAAGUUCCCCGUCGGUUCCAUCGCCCGCGAACGAACCUUCGGCGGGGAGAACUGAAGCCUCCCUAUUGCAUCAAAUAUCUGUCAUCGAGAAGCGCAUCAAGGAAAUUGAAUUGGAGCAAUCGGCCACGGCGAACCCAACUCCGCCGAACAUUCAGGCCAAGCUGUACGCGUUGCGCAAGAUCCAGCUGGAUGUUGUUGACCUGGAGGUAAAGUUCCACUACAAGGCACACGCGAUGGAAGUCGAAUAUCAGUCGGAGUUUACCGAAUGUCAACGAAAGAUUGCACGGAUCGUCAAUGGGGAGGAUGUGCCCGAACUGCUGGAAGCGAAUCCCGCCCCGAACGAUGCGGCCGAUCAACCGAAAGGGAUACCGGAGUUUUGGUUGACCGUGCUGAAAUCCAGCUUGCUCGACCACUUGAUUCAGCCGGCGGAUGAACCGGUGCUGAAACAGCUGCAGGAUAUACGCGUCCUGCUCGUGAAUGAACCGGAGGCCGGGUUUGAGCUACAGUUUCACUUCGGCAGUAACGAUUACUUCACGAACGAGGUGCUCACCAAGCAGUACUUCCUGCGCUGCGCACCCAAUCCGGAUGCACCGGCCAGGUUUAACGGGUUCGAAAUCUACCACUGCAAAGGCUGCACCAUCGACUGGAAGCCGGAACACAAUCUGACGUUGACGCCGGGGAAUUCGUUCUUUGAUUUUUUCAAUCCCGAAACGUUGUACAAUGGCGACUACGAUGCGGACUUUAACGAAGCGAUACUGGAGUGCGAUUUCCAGUACGGGUACCACAUCAAGGAGACGAUAGUUCCCCGGGCGGUGUUUCUGUUUCUCAAGGAAAGCACACAUCUUGAACAAGGAGGACAUUUUGCGUGCUGCUGUGAUCGAUGUGUUUACGUCGAAUGUAUGGAUGAUUUAAUGGUCAAUCCGUCCCUCAACGUGGAGAACGACGGAGAUGGGUCGAAGCAUGAAUCAAGCACUGGGGCAGAGGUUGAUGCGACACAGGACGACUAG